GCGAUCAAAGGUAUUCUACUACGUGCAGAACAAGCGUAGUUGUAGAUCCGGACAGGUAAGACCAAGAGCUUUUCUUCGGCGAGGUAGACGUCUACUUCCCCAGAUCAUCAUUUCUUCUUUAAAAAGUCCACUCGAAGCGUUGUCUUUAUCAUCUCACUCAUUCUCGCUCUCCAUUUUAACCUAAACCUCUUCGCGAAGUAGAAAUCUCACUUUAAAUUUCGGAUCUCAAUCCGACGGCUCCUAUUGCGUAAAGAACAAAAAAAAUGACGAGCGGUAGCGGGAGCAGCACGCCUAACGUGAUGUACUCGUGGCGGGUGCAAGCGCUGGAGACCUGGAUGCGGAAGCAGGCGGAGAAGGCGGGAGCAACAACCGUCACGAUGGAAACCAUGCUGCGCGCGGGCCAUUUGGACCAGUACCACUACCUCGGACUGGACGCGAACGACGACGUCAUCACCCUGCUGCAGCUUGACAAAACAAAGAAAAUCCUCGACAUCGGCUGCGGCAUCGGAGGGCCGGGAAGGUGAGACUUCUGCUUCUUCGUUCCUGGUUCUUUUUCUUUACCUUGCAGCUUGUAACUAAACCGCUUCAUGCGGGUCGCUGGUGUACUGAGGUUGAGGAUUCUGUCUCUUCCGCUUUCCCCGAUGCUUCUAUGAGAACACAAAAAGUAAAAGAAGAAGAUGCAUACCCAUAAUUACAAAAAGCUUUCACGACCUUUCCAAUCUCGUUUGCGAAAACAUCCGCUCAGGUACAUUGCCUGGAAGACUGGCUGCGAGGUCCACGGCAUAGACAUCCAGGCAGACCUUGUGGAGUCCGCAAACCGGGUGGCAAAAGAGGUAGGAUUGGACCACCUGACGCAGUUCCAGGCGAGCGAUUGCACGCAGUCGGAUUGCCUGUUCCCACUAGAAGGCGAGGCCUACGACGGAUUCUACUGCAUCCUGGUACGAUGAGCAUAAGGGAAAAAUUCGUAGUCGCUUCUUCCCCGCAGUUCUGAGGAGGCAAAAGAAUUGACAACUUGUCGUGUUACCUCGUCAACAUACAUAAUUCUUUCCAGCAUAUCGCGGCAAAUCGAGACAUGAUGAGAAUACAACUAACUCAGGUCUUCCUGCACAUCCCUCUCGCCCCGCGCCUGGUCGGUUUCCAGAACACUUUUCGCCAGCUGAAGCCCUCUGCCACAUUCGUGAUCGAGGACUACUUGUUGAAAGUGCCCUCGGUCAGCGAGCUAACGGAGGAGGAGCGCCACCUGCUGGAAGACGUGAUUGGGGCCGUUUGCGUACCGACGGUUGAAGAGUACACGAAACACCUGACGGAAAUCGGGUUCGCCGAUGUUGAAUUUGAGGACCUGACCGACGUUUGGACGAAGUGGACGGUUGCCCGGAGAGACCGCUUUCUCGCCAAAAAAUCCACGCAAGUUGCGCUACACGGCGAAGCGCACGUGACCAAGAUGGAAACCUUCUACAAGGCACCGCCACAAUUGUUCGAAUCCGGAAAACUAGGCGGAUACCGAAUCACAGGCAGGAAGCCUCCCGCGGACGCAUCUGGUAUAGGUUUGAGCUUUUUGAUGGCGUGCGAAUGCAACACGCGGACUUGCAGACCAACAGGAGCUUCGGCAUUUUUUCUAAGCGCCGUCAAACUCAAAUCUUAUUUUUUGUGCUUUAGGAACAUGCUCAUGCUGUGACCGUCAAGAAAUCAUGUUCAUGAAGACAAAAAUGUUCUACGCAAUGACUAAUCAGGAUCAUUGGAGGCGGGGCGAAAACUAAUUGCAGCAAAAAAGACAAACGAGCUGACCGUCGCCGCAUUAGAGACGAUUAUGGACGCUCAGCAAACCAUUGCAGAGUGA